CAAGUCCCCUCUUCUUACCCGCAAUCAAGAAGAGGAUAAGGAGCUGCGCCGCGGGGGAGGGAAACCCAAAUCAAACCCCGCGCGCCGCGAAGCAGCAGCAGCAGCAGCAAUGGCGGGCGUCGCCGCCCUCUUCGCCUCCCCGGCCUUCCCCUUCCCGUCCACCUCAUGCUCCUGCCGCUUCCGCCCCGCCGUCGCCCGCGCGCCUCGCCACCCGCCGCCCGGCCCCCGCGUGACCCGGCGCUUCGACGAGGUGGAGGGGGUGUCGAAGAAGCGGCGGGGCAUUGGCGGCGGCGGCGGAGGGGGCUCGCAGGCGUCGUCGUCGUCGCGUAAGGACAGAGGGCUCGCCGUUGAUUUCAAGGAGUCGCAGGUCGCUGAUUUUGAGGACCUUGAAGAGGACAAAUUCCUUAAUGCUGUUGUUAAGGUCUAUUGCACUCAUAUUGCACCAGAUUAUGGGCUUCCUUGGCAGAAGCAAAGGCAACAUGCAAGCACAGGGAGUGCUUUUAUGAUUGGUGAUGGCAAACUAUUAACAAAUGCACAUUGUGUUGAGCACGACACCCAGGUUAAAGUAAAAAGAAGGGGAGAUGACAAAAAAUAUAUUGCCAAGGUUCUAGCUAGGGGCAUUGAGUGUGAUCUUGCAUUGCUCUCUGUUGAGAAUGAGGAGUUUUGGCGAGGAACAGAGCCACUUCAACUGGGUCGCUUGCCAUGCCUUCAGGAUUCAGUAACUGUUGUGGGAUAUCCUCUUGGUGGAGACACGAUAUCUGUAACAAAAGGCGUUGUGUCACGCAUUGAGGUCACUCCAUAUGCACAUGGAACUUCAGAUCUUCUUGGCAUUCAAAUUGAUGCAGCAAUAAAUCCUGGAAACAGUGGUGGGCCAGCCUUUAACGACCAGGGGGAAUGCAUUGGUGUGGCAUUUCAGGUAUUCAGGUCAGAUGAAGCUGAAAAUAUUGGAUAUGUAAUUCCAACUACAGUUGUAUCCCAUUUCUUGAAUGACUAUCAGAAGAAUGGAAAAUACACAGGAUUCCCUUGCCUGGGUGUUCUACUUCAAAAAUUGGAAAACCCAGCAUUGCGGGAAAGCUUAAAAGUACCUUCAAGCGAGGGUGUUCUUGUCCGCCGGGUUGAGCCUACUGCUCCUGCAAGCAAAGUUCUGCGGAAGGGAGAUGUGAUAACAAGUUUUGAUGGUGUCAAUGUUGGAUGUGAGGGAACCGUGCCAUUCCGCUCCACAGAGCGAAUUGCUUUCCGCUACCUCACAAGUCAAAAGUAUGCAGGUGAUGUUGCCCAACUAGGUAUCAUUCGGGCAGGCAACAUCAUGAAAGUACAGACUGUUUUGCAGCCAAGAAAACAUUUAGUGCCAUUCCAUGUUGAAGGGGGACAGCCUUCUUAUCUGAUAGUUGCUGGUCUUGUCUUCACACCUUUGACAGAACCCUUUAUAGAGGAGGAGUGUGAAGAAACUCUAGGGUUGAAAUUGCUGGCCAAGGCACGGUACUCUUUAGCAACAUUUGAGGGGGAACAAAUUGUUAUUGUAUCGCAGGUUUUGGCACAUGAAGUUAACAUCGGCUAUGAACACAUGGGCAACCAACAGGUCAUUAAGCUAAAUGGAACUGCGGUAAAGAAUAUUCACCAUCUUGCCCAUCUUGUUGACAACUGUAAAGACAAGUUUUUGACGUUCGAGUUCGAAGACGACUUCCUGGUUGUUUUGGAUCGGGAAGAAGCGACCACUGCAUCAUCAGAUAUCCUCAAGGAACAUGCAAUUCCCGCUAUAAGGUCAUCCGAUCUAUCAGAACCGUAUGUCGAAGCAGAGCAAGAGAUCAAAAAACCAAACGACGAUUUCGGUGACAGCCCAGUCACAAAUUAUGAAAUGGGAGUUGACUGUCUCCUCUGGGCAUGAACAACCAAACGAUGGAAUUUGAAUUUGAGCUAAAACAGUGACAAUGCCGGUAUGCACCUGCACGGCGGCAAACAGCAUUUCCCAACUAUGUGGAAAUCCGCUCCAUUCCAUGUCUCCAUAGCGGCGAAGCCGAGUCAUGUUGUAUGUUAGGGUAGGAAGUUUUAGACUUGUAUUUUACCUUAGAAAAAAACCACAGAGAUGUUUGAUUCAUGAUCAUUUUUUUAGGGGAUUGGGAAUUUGGGAAGGUCUGGAGUGUAGAAUUUGGCAGGGUGUAAUCCUGUAAAUUUUCGGGCAUGCAAUAAAUCGUCCAGAAAUUUUGUUGCUUUGUUUUCUCCUAAAUUUGUAAAAGAAUAACAAAAAAAAAAAUGAUAUUUCUUGUGUUCAUCA